AGAUUAUUCUUUACGAAAUAAUUCUCAAACAGUUGCUCUUAAAAAACUUAACGAUUCUAAAAAUAUUACAUCAAAUGAACUAAAUGAGCUCAAGAUGUUUUAUCAUUAUUCUUCAGAAGGGAAUUUAAGAGAUGUUUAUAGUAAUCAUCGUAGUCUUGUUAAUGUAUAUUAUGGUAUUACUCAAGAUCCUAUUACUCGAGAUAUUAUAUUUAUCAUGCCAUAUUAUAAUUCGGAUUUGACACAUUAUAUAACUAAGGACUUUUAUAAUAUUAGUUGGUAUCAUAAAAAACUUUAUUUGCAAGACAUUAUAAAUGGACUUGCUAAAAUUCAUGAUGCAAAUAUUAUACAUCGUGAUCUACAUAGUGGGAACAUUCUUUUAAAUGAUUAUAGAGCAAAAAUAUGUGAUUUAGGAACAAGUAAAUCUGCAACUGAAUCAACGGAUUAUGAAGAAGAGAUUUAUGGCAUAAUUCCUUAUGUUGCACCAGAGGUUUUACAAGGAAAAAAGUAUACCAAAGCUUCAGAUAUAUAUAGUUUUGGAAUGAUAAUGUGGGAAAUAAUAGUAGGAAGAAGACCUUUUUGGGAUAGAAAUCAUAAUACAGAACUUAUAAUUGAAAUAUGUGAUGGUUUACGUCCACCAAUUAUUACAAAUGCACCUGAAGAUUAUAUUGAUUUAAUGAAAGAAUGCUGGCAUUCUGAUCCAGAAAAAAGACCAACAGCAGUUGAAGUAUUAAAAAAGAUUGAAGAAAUAUGGAGAAUUGAUACAAUAAUUGGGGGAUAUUCAAAAACUAAGAUUAUAAAGUCGCCUAAAAUUGGGCCCGUAACAACGAAUAAUCCUGAUGCCAUAUAUAAGAGUAGACACUUAAGUGUAAUGAUAAAAUCUGCUGCUUCUGCAAGAAUUUCAAGAAGCCAACCUAUUGCUUUAGAUCUUGAUCGACUCGAUUAUCGCCAAAGAAAUUUUAACGAUAAAAGAAAGUUUGAAGACAAUCAAUUUGGAAACAGCUUUGAUAAUGGUACAAGUAAUAAAAAGAUUAAACCAAUUGAAGACGAAAAUAAUGUUUACGCUACAAAGGAAUUUGAAUUUGAUAUCGACAUAAAUUCUAGACAAUCUAAAGAUGAUGGAUAUAUCACUAGAGAAAUCGAUUUUGAUAUUUUGUAAUUAUUUUUUGAACCCGCUUUGAAUGUCUUAAUUUAUUUAAUUUAUUCCAUAUUAUUAUCAUUAUACAUAUUUGUUAUAUAAUUAUCAUAAGUUAUAGUUUAUCUACAAUAUACUUAUUUAUACUAUAUGACAACAAUAAAAUGGAUAUCGAUAAUUACUAAAAA